AUGCACCCAGCCAGCCAGCAGCCAGCCUGCAUCCAGCCUGCAGCCAGCCAGCAGCCAGCCGGAGGACAGAGUGCAGCCAGCCUGCAGCGAGCCUGCAGACAGCCAGCAGCCAGCCUGCAGCCAGCCAGCAGCCAGCCGGAGGACAGAGUGCAGCCAGCCUGCAGCGAGCCUGCAGACAGCCAGCAGCCAGCCUGCACCCAGCCUGCAUCCAGCCUGCAGCCAGCCAGCCUGCACCCAGCCUGCAGCCAGCCAGUCUACAGCCAGCCUGCAGCCAGCCUGCACCCAGCCUGCAGCCAGCCAGCCUGCACCCAGCCUGCAGCCAGCCUGCCUGCAUCCAGCCUGCAUCCAGCCUGCAUCCAGCCUGCAUCCAGCCUGCACCCAGCCUGCACCCAGCCUGCAGCCAGCCAGCCUGUAGCCAGCCAGCCUGCACCCAGCCUGCAGCCAGCCUGCCUGCAUCCAGCCUGCAUCCAGCCUGCAUCCAGCCUGCAGCCAGCCUGCAUCCAGCCUGCCUGCAUCCAGCCUGCAGCCAGCCUGCAGCCAGCCUGCCUGCAUCCAGCCUGCAUCCUGCCUGCAUCCAGCCUGCAUCCAGCCUGCAGCCAGAGUGCGUGUCUCGGUCUCCUCCACAGGGCAGCGCAGUCUCUCUCCGGAGCCGCUUCACUUCCUGCAGCUUCCUGCAGUGUCUCUUUAAAAGGUUGA